ACAAUUCAUCCUCAUCCAACAACUCGCCUCCUGUCUUCGCAUUUAACCAGUUAGCUCACGUCCCGUCACAAUGGUCAAGGCUGUCGCUGUCCUCCGUGGUGACUCCAAUGUGAAAGGCACCGUAACCUUCGAGCAGACCUCUGAGUCCUCCAACACCGUCAUUUCAUAUAAUAUUUCAGGCAAUGACCCAAACGCCCUGCGUGGAUUCCACAUCCAUCAGUUUGGCGACAAUACCAAUGGCUGCACCUCUGCUGGCCCUCACUUCAACCCCUUCAGCAAAGCCCACGGCGCGCCCACUGAUGCUGAGCGCCACGUCGGAGACUUAGGCAACAUCACCACUGACGCAGAAGGUAAUGCCGUUGGUACCAUUGAGGAUCCACAGAUUAAGCUCAUUGGCGAGCAUAGCAUUCUUGGGCGUACCGUUGUUGUCCAUGCGGGUACCGAUGACCUUGGAAAUGGCGGAAAUGAAGAGUCUAAGAAAACCGGCAAUGCGGGUACCCGCCCCGCUUGUGGCGUCAUUGGUAUCACCACGUAAAUUAGUCUUUAAGAUGCUACCUUCCCGAAAACGAACGAUGGCAUUCGAAAAUUAAUUUGCGGAUGAAACAGGGAUUCGGUUCCCGGGAUGUAAAACAGCUUAUACCAUCACCUGUGCUUUAGUUGUGAAGGAGAGGUGGAAAGAAAUUGAUGUAUAUAUUUGAUAAUAUAAAAAAGAGGGGAUGGGUAAAACA